AUGGACGUCAAGAAGAAGCAUGCAAGUGUGACGCCGCUUGUUGAGGUUGUCGGAAAUGUAUUCGGAUACGCGGAGAAGUUGGUGGCCGGUGUCGUGAUGCCUGCGAAAGCCGUGUUGAUGAUGGGGGAGAAGAAAUCGGAUGGUGAGGAAGAUUUAGCGUGGGGACGUGUGUUUGAAGUUGGAUACUUAUGGGUACUUUUAGAAGAAACUCGCGAGGACGAUUGCGUUACCGCGAAUAAUAUGUUCGCCGAUCCUGUCGUGUGGCCUUUAGCAGAUUACCACACCCUUUUUAUUCUCAGUUUACCUUGCUCUGAGGGACACGGAAAUAUCAAGAGAAGCCGGAUUUCUGAGUUUCUCGACGUUGAGAAGCGCCUGUUAGUAUGGAUUAAACAAACCCUCGAUAAGAACAUUCCCAUAGAUGGACCACUGCUGAAACAAAAAUCUAAAGACUUCGCUACAAAAUUAAGAAUCCAAAAUUUUUCAGCUAGUAACGGCUGGCUCGAGGGUUUUAAAAAACGCAAUGAUAUAAAUUUCAAAAAAUCAGCCGGAGAAAGUAAAUCUGUGGAUCAGGGAGUAUGCAACCAAUGGAUUGAAGAUUUGCCGAGUCUUUUAGAAGGAUACGAUUCAAACGAUAUUUAUAACGCCCAUGAAACUGCUUUGUUCUUCAAAUGUAUGCCAGAUAAAACAUUCAUUUUCAAGGGCGAAAAAUGUCACGGAGGAAAACAAAGCAAGGAACGCCUUACUAUUCUUCAAUGUGUUAACAUGACCGGUACAGACAAACUCCCACUUCUAAUCAUUGGGAAAUCUAAGCGACUAAGAUGCUUUAAAGGUGUCAAGACUCUACCCGUUGAUUAUGCGAGUAAUACAAAAGCUUGGAUGAGUAAGGAAUUGUUCAAAGAUUGGCAAAUGAAGAACAACCGAAAAAAAAUUGUGCUUUUUAUUGACAACUGCACGGGCCCCGUGUGCCCUUAUGGUAAAGACGGUACUGUCAAUACCACCAGUAAGCUUCAACCUUUAGAUCAAGGUAUCAUUCGCACAUUCAAACGGAUUUAUCACAGAGAAGUCGUAAAGCAUACGCUUACCUGCUUCGAAGAAAACAUUAACCCCGAAAUUAAUGUACUUUUGGCCAAGUUCGCAAGAAGAGCAUGGUAUACAGUAUGUGACGUAACUGUCAAAAACUGCUUCAAGCAUGCUGGGUUCAGUAUAGGUCCAGCUGAACAAGACUUUCUGACCGAGCAAAAUAAGGCUGAACAUGAAAAGGAGCUUGAAGUUGGACCUAGCAAUGAUGAAUGGGCCAAGCUCGUGUACCACGAUACUACUGGUAAUGUGUCAACGCAAACCUUUGAAGACUUCGUACAGACUGACGACGACGUGACUACCGCCGGAGAAUACACCGACGACGAUAUUGUUCAAAACUAUGUGAGCACGUGUAUAGACGGAAAUGACAGUGAAGAUGAAGACCGCCCAUCACACAUUUUGGAUACAGAGGUGGAAGAUAUUAAAAAAAAACGAGACGCUUUAAAGGCAUUGGAGACGCUUCACAAGUUUUAA